AAAAUGUGGUUUCGAUCAAACGACGCGUGCUUUCCUCUGAUUCCUUUAUAAGCCUCUUUCCCAACCUUUCUCUCUCUCUUCAUCAACAUAAUCGCCAAUCGACACCUCACCCACUCCGUUCCGUUACCCCCCCUUCUCUUUCUCUCCGUUCCACCAUUUCCGAGCCACUCUCUGAAAGGUAUUGGACGGAGGAGUUUGAAAUUUUUGCUGAAAUUUCAGAGCGGAGAGAUAUUUGGUCAUGGCGUCGAUUCUGAUCUCGAACCCCGUAACGAACUCCGAUCGAUCAAAGAAGAAGAAGAAGAAGAAAAUCCAAGAAAAGGACCACAACGACGAGCACAAUCACAUCAAAUGGAAAUCUGAGGCUCAACAGCAAAUUUACUCCUCCAAGCUCGAACAGGCUCUGAGCCAAGUCCGGCUCGGUCCUUCGCCUUCUUCUCCUUCGGCUGAAGUGCCUCGCCGGGGACGAGCCGUGCACGAGGCCGCCGAUAGAGUCCUGGCCGUGGCUGCCAAGGGCAGGACGAGAUGGAGCCGGGCGAUUCUGACUAGCCGGCUCAAGCUCAAGUUCCAGAAGAAGCACAAGCGCCAGAGAGUGGUUUCGGCCGCGACCGGGAGUAGCCGGUCGUCGUCGAGGAAGCCAAAGGUGAGCGUAUUGAGGCUGAAGGGAAAGAGUCUACCGGCUGUGCAGAGGAAAGUCAGGGUUCUCGGCCGCUUGGUCCCCGGUUGCCGGAAACAACCGUUGCCCGUGAUUCUAGAUGAAGCUACUGACUACAUAGCCGCGCUUGAGAUGCAGGUCCGAGCUAUGACUGCCCUCGCCGACCGCCUCUCCGGCGCCGGCUCUAGUUCCGCGCCACCAAGCUGAUGACAAUUGCCACAAGCCAUUUUCACUUUUUUUUUUCCUUUUUUUUUUUUUUUUUUUUUUUUUUUUUUUUUUCUCCCCCCACCCCUUUAAUCUCUGUUUAUUCUCUGUUAAAUACAUAUCCAUUUCUCUUGCAAGUAAAUCUAUCUCACACUUACCUUUCCAA